AGAAGCAAAUAAGAAGAGCGUAGAAAAACAACAAAGACGGACAAAAACAUCGUCGAAAAUCGAAUUUAUAUCAAUAAAAAAUUUUAAAAAUAAAAGAGAAGCCAACACUCAGUGUUAUCUCUUUGUUUAUUUUUGCAUUUUCUUAUACAAUAAAAAGUGCAAUAAACACAAAAAUAUUUCAAAGUCGAAUUAUAGCAAACGAAAAAAACAAAAAAAAAACAAGAAAAUACAAAACGCGAGUGAAAGUGGGUGAAAAAAUUAAAACAAUAGAUAAAACAGCUGUAACAGAUUGCUAAAAUGGCAGCAUAUCAAAUGAAUUUCAACCAGGAUUUUACUUCCCUAUCCGUGCUGAGCAGCGGUGGACUGCGUCUUUAUUCGAUUGCGGGCCAGGAUAGAGUCGAGGAGAUCUUUGCCAAGGACAAUACGGAGCAGAUAAGGAUUGUGGAGCGGCUCUUCAACAGUUCGCUGGUGGUGCUGGUCACCGCCCAGAAGCCCAACUGCCUGAAAAUGCUGCACUUCAAGAAGAAACAGGACAUCUGCAAUUGUUUCUAUCCCUCGGAGAUACUCUGCGUCCGCAUGAAUCGCCAGCGUCUAAUCGUCUGCCUCGCGGAGAGCAUACACAUACAUGACAUACGCGACAUGAAGAUCCUGCACUCCAUUGAAAACAUUGCGCCCAAUGAGCUGGGCCUCUGCGCACUGUCGCUCAACUCGCAUCUGGCGUUCCCUAUCUGUCAGUCCAGCGGCGAGCUGCGCAUCUUCAAUGCGAACAAACUGCGCACGGGUAUGACAAUCAAGGCGCACGACACGCCCCUAUCGGCGCUCACCUUCUCGCCCAGCGGAGCGCUACUUGCCACCGCCUCCGAGCGGGGCACUGUGAUACGCGUCUUCUGCGUGAAGAACGGCCAGCGGGUCCAAGAGUUCCGGCGUGGCGUCAAACGUUGCGUGCGAAUCGCAUCGCUCGUCUUUGCCGCGGCCGGCGACUUCCUGUGCGCCUCAUCCAACACGGAAACGGUGCACGUCUUCAAGAUCGAUGCGCGGGCUGUGGAGGUGGCCGAACUGAAAGCAAUUGCUGAAGUGGCAGCCAAGGCGGACACUCAGACCAAGGAGGCGACGGAUGCAGCAGCGGCGGGCGCAGCAGCCGAGGAUGCAAACAGUGAAGCAGCGUCUGCAACGGCCAGCUCGACCAGUAGUUGGGGUGGCAUGUUCUCUAAGGCUGUGUCAUCGCUGUUGCUACCCGCUCAGGUGAGCGAUGUGCUGGCGCAGGAUCGUGCCUUUGCCACGGUGGUGCUGCCACAGUCGGGCCUGAAGAACAUUUGUGCGCUGACGCAUGUGCAAAAGGAGCUACGUCUGCUGAUUGCCUGCGAGGAUGGAUUCCUCUACAUGCACGACUUCAAUGCGGAGCGUGGCGGUGCCUGCAAGCUGCUGGCCGUGCACGAUCUGCGUGGCGCCCUCGAGGACGUCAUCGAAUUGCAGCUGAGCGAAAGCAUCCUGAAAACGCAGUCCAAGUCGUUGCCGGCAACGACGACGACGACAACGACGUUGCCACAGCAGUCGCUCACCAUGCUGAAGAGCUGUGCGGCCAGUGUGCUCAUCGAGAAUCCGGAGCCGGUGGCGGACAACAGCUAUGCGGGCAUCUUGCGUGGCGAGCAGGCGGAUGCCAUGUCAGAUUCUGCCAAGUUUCGCAAGCUAUGCGAUGCCAUUGACACGCCCACAAAGCUGUACGACGAGCGCCAGUUUCCGCCCGUGGCCAUAAUGGCCAAGGAUUGACAGAGACGUAAGAGCCAAAAGGAUAUUGUCUUUGUGGACGAAUCACAAUGUGGUUAAAAACGCUCUCUGCAUUUCGUAAACCCAAAAAAAAGUCUUAGAAAAUGCCCAAAAAAAAAUAUAUCCAAUUAUUUAAAGCAAUUUAUGUAAGUUAAGCCAGCAACAAAAUGUGAAACUACCAAAAAAAGAAAGAAAAAAAACUAAAAAACUAAAAAACAAAACAAAUACUCGACAGAGAAAAAUUUACAAAAAAAAAAAAGUAUUUUAGUUAAGAUAUAUUUUUAAUUUUCCUACUAAGCAAUAUUUUUGCCUCCUGCAAUUUGUAUAUAACUGCAACUAAAAUAUAUGAUCAGAACUCCUAAAAUAUCUCAUUCCUUUAGUAUACCACUCUAUCUCGAUGAAUUAAAUUAUGACAAUUUCUAUUUUGUAUAAUAUAUGAUUAUUAUUAUUAUGUAUAUUUAUUAAUAGGUGAGGAGCUACUUUAUU